AUCCCACUCUCUCCUCCUUCACUCACCAUCUCUCAUCAACCGAAUGGUAUCUGAGCAUUGCCUCGACUAAUUGCCUCGAAGUGGCCUCUCCUCCGUUGUCUCAUCGAUCCAUCGUGCCCACCUACAGACGGUCACCAUGUCGUCCGCCCCCAGCAAGGACAUGACCCCCGCCCAGGCGGAGUCGGCCUACUUCAACAACUACCCCCCACCCAAAGCCCUCCCAAAACACGAGUCCCUCGCGCGCGCCUUCGUUGACUACCACUGCGAGGCCAACCGACGGGUCGUCCUCGUCACCUCGGGCGGUACGACUGUCCCCCUCGAAAACCAGACCGUCCGGUUCAUCGACAACUUCAGCGCGGGUACCCGCGGGGCCACCAGCGCCGAGUACUUCCUCGAGAACGGCUACGCGGUCAUCUUCCUGCACCGGCAGUACAGCCUGCUCCCCUACUCCCGACACUACAGCCACUCGACCAACUGCUUCCUCGACUUCCUGGAGGAAGCCCCGGAGGAGGGGCCGAUCGUCGUACGCGACGAGUACCAGGCAGAGAUGCGCGACGUACUCCGACGGUACCGACACGCGAAGAAGAACAAUCGACUGCUGCUUCUCCCGUUCACCACCGUCUCAGAGUACCUAUUUGAGCUGCGCACACUCGCCAAGAUCAUGCGGCCCCUCGGCUCCAACGCCCUCUUCUACCUCGCCGCCGCAGUCAGCGACUUCUUCAUCCCGCGCGACCGCAUGGCCGAGCACAAGAUCCAGUCGUCGGAGGUGCCCCGGGACCCCGAGCACGCGGUGGCCGACUCCGACCGCUACACGGGGGGACUGGAGCCCGACGAGAAUGCGCCGUCCCAAAGCCGCAAGCUCGUCAUCGACCUCGACCCGGUGCCUAAAUUCCUGCACCAGCUGGUCGACGGUUGGGCACCGCCGGGGUCGAUGGUGGUGUCGUUCAAGCUGGAGACGGAUCCCAGCUUGUUGGUGCGCAAGGCGCGCACGGCCAUCCAGCGCUACUCGCACCACCUGGUGAUCGGCAACUUGCUGUCCACACGCAAAUGGGAGGUUGUCUUCGUCACGCCCGACGCGCCGCACGAGCGCUGGAUUCGGGUGCCCAAAUCCAAGCGCAGCAAGAGUCUGUCGGGCGUCGAAGACCAGGUCGGACUGGCGGAGGCACGGCAGCGUCUGCGCGAUGAUCCGUCGGGAGAGAAGGGGGAGUCUGAGAGGCAGGCGGAGCAAGCGCGCCAGGAAGAGGCCAGCGCGGAAGGCGUCGAGAUUGAGAGUUUGAUUAUUCCGGAGUUGGUGAAGUUGCAUACGGGGAUGAUCGAGAAGACGGGUUGAUUCUACAUUUUACAACUAUGUUUUUGAUAGUGCGUGUAGGUUGGUGUACAUAAUACGUGUUGAAUGG